AUGGAACAAAAUAAGGACACAUUUUUGAAUUAUUACGGCAGUCAAACCGAAAGGUAAGCGAUGUAUUACGUCUCCCUUUCAAAACACUCACACUUUUUUUUAUCCGGAUAAAACAGAUUAUUUAUUUGUUUUCCGUUUUUUUCCAGGCAAGUCCACAGCAACAAUAUUCGCGAAUGAGCGCGACGUAUUUCCCUUACUACCCGCAACCUCAAUAUGCUGUGCCGCCGUUCUAUGGCUCUCAAUUGCAAGGAGCGCAAGAAAUUCACUCAUCUUCAGUACGACCCCAUUCUGAUCUGCCUGGCUCGCAAUAGCAAGAGAACAACCACAGCAGCAGUAGCAGCACUGGUCCAAAAAAAAGGAAAAAUCGUUGGACAGACACUGAAGAAAAGAUCUUGGUGGAGCUGUUUGGAGAAAAUGAAGAUAAGCUGCGAUACAAAGCCUUCAGCUCCCCUGAAUGGCUGUCGAUUGCUCGCCAGCUUCACUCGCGGUGCAAGGAACAAAACGUAGACAGCGACAAAACGCCACAACAGUGCAAGAACAAAUUAGCAAAUUUGACAAAGAAGUAUAAAGACACCAAAGACAAGCUUCGGUCGGCAGGAUACGGCAGAGGGGGCGAUGUGCCGUCCGACAAUGAAAGUGAAGAAAGUGAGGAGAUCAUACCGAAACCUUUCAACGAUAUGGAUGAAAUUCUCGGUAAAAGGGAAUCCAUCAACCCACGCCACGUGCUCGAAAGCUCUCACGUCCCCGAUAGCGAGUCACCGGAAAUGUCGGAACUCGAACGCGAUAUCCUCGAGAAAGAUGCCCUAGAUGAGGAAAUCUGCCGAGCUGCACAAAAACAAAGGCAAAGGACUGCCCAGAAUGUUUCUCCUCCAUCUGAGUGCACGGUGCCUUUUGAUGGAGAUGAAUCCGAUAACGACCAGUCGCUUGCCUUUGCAGAAUCCCUCUUUGUUAAGAGGAAAGGCAAAAAUAAAAAGCCUUUGGCAAGCACACCGGUACCGAGGAGGCGCGAGGUUGAUGUGGGAAAAAAGCUACCAAGAAAGCGCGCCGCUGAUGCAGCGGAAAGGCCAUCGAAAAAAAGGCGCAAAAUGAAGGGAAAAGCCGGAUCAUCUGGAGUAGACGAGCCAACCUUGAUAUCAUUUCUUGAACGCUCACAAGAAAGGGACGAGGCUUUUAUGGAGCGGAUGGCUGAAGCCCAGAGAGAAUACAGGAAAGAUCAGCAGAAGUUUUCCAUGGAUGCCCUUGCUAUGCUCGGAAACAUCCUCAAGGACGUUAGUAAAGGAAACGAAUGA